AUGAAUCCCAAAAUAACCGUAAUCAACCAUGAAAAUACUUCAGAAGUUGCCUUCCUAGAGGCGGCUGAGAGUACUUAUAACAACAUCGACAAUCCUAAUCCUACAGUGCUAUCCAUUAUAAAAUUGGCAAAAGAUGACAAGGAUAUGUCGGAUCACCAACAGACGUGGAUCAAAUCUGUACUGCCUGGAUGGAAAGAUACUAGCGCUAAAACCCAUCACAACGUUUCUACAAAUAGACAAGUUCCAGCAAAUGCCGCACAACGAAGAAAGCAGCAAUUUAAAUGA